CCCAGCUGAGGUGACUGGCAGGACUUGUUUACUGGUGGAGAGACUCGCAGAAAAGAGAGACGGAAAGAGGGGGAACCUGAGGGAGAGCAAUCGCUAAACGGAACGGGAAUCCAAGUUUUUACACUUGACCCGUCUUUUUAAGUCCUUUUUAUGUUUGUUUACCUCAUCGUUUUUUCACUGUCGGAGACGGGAUACUGACUUUAUUGGUGUCUGUGUGGGGGGUUUUUUUUGUUUUGUAAUUUUUAACUCUGUUGCCGACACUGAAACCUCGUUUGUUUUGGAUUAGCUAGCUAACGUUAGCUGUUUUUCCCCCAUCAGCUAACGUUAAUCCGAAAAAAAGAGAAGAAACGGGCGGCGUGGUGGAGAGUUUUCUCACUUCAAAGCAACGUGUGUGUUAAGCAGAGCCGUUUCGACGUUUUUUUGUUUCCCUCACAGUGGAUGGGAAAUAAGGACGUUUUCCUCCCAAGUUUCCCUUCUUUGUUUUCUUCCUCCUAUUUUGUCAUUUUAUGGGUAUUCAUUCGGUUGCGGCGUGGUGGUCAGCGGGGGUGAAGGAGUUCAGAGGAAGGUCGUUAGCGGGGAAAGCUGCACGUUUUUCCUGCACGUAGCUGCUCGGAGGAGUUUCCUGGGAUGUGCUCCCAUCUGUCUUAAAAAGGAUGAGCUUCUGAGAAGAUACCAGCAAACGGGGUAAUAUAAAGACCUGUGGACUGCAACAGAGAGGACGCAAACCCUUCCGACUCCCCGGUCUUCGCUCUGUAUUUGACGAUAUCCAUAACUUGAGCCCGUGUGUGUUGGAGGAACAGAAGAGGUGGUUGUUUUUAACUCUGUGCACAGGAAAAUACUUAUUAGCAUUUUUGUGUGUGUGUGUUUUUUUUUUCUUUUUUUUUAAGUGGGUCUUCCCUCAUUGGAGCAGUGCAUUUACAGUGAAAUGAGCCCGGGGCCAGUGGACCUCCUUCUGGGACCUCCAAACUAGCCCUCUACGUGUGGGAUAUUAAUAAUAAUAAUAAUAAUAGCAGGCUACUGUUAUUUCUCUCUUAAUUCAGUGGAGCACCAAAAUUAAACAGAUGAACGCGGACUGUCGCCUCCACUUAUGGAAAAUGAAGAUCUUUACUCGCACAUGUGUUACCAGAACCCAAGAUCACAUUAUUUAGUGGUCUGCAUUUUUUCCAGGGCUCACAUACAUCAUAAACUUGGCUUGGAAGAUACUCAUACAUUUAUUCCCAACCCCUCCUGGCGUACGAGGGGCAAGCCUGAAACAGUUGGCUAUACUGGACCUUAAUUUUUAAGAAUAUUUUUGGUAUAAGUAAAUAUUUUUCCUUCAAGAUUGGAAGAUUUUUUUUUUCUUUGAGAAGCUUCAAGAGGAGAGCACAGUUAACCCCCAAAUCAAAAUGAGACGGUGGACGCUAAAGCUGCGAGCACAAAUUGUGUUUUUUAUCAUCGGCACCUGCAUUAUAUGCCAGUGUGGACUAAUAAACGGAGAAAUCUGCCCGAGCAAGGACAUCCGGAACAAUGUGACCAACCUGCAGUCACUGGAGAACUGCACCAUCAUCGAGGGCCACCUGAAGAUUCUGCUCAUGUUCAAGACCAAGACUGAAGACUUCCGGGGUCUCAGCUACCCGAAGCUGCGAGUGGUGACCGACUAUGUGCUCCUGUUUAGGGUCUACGGCCUGGAGACCCUCAGCGAUCUCUUCCCCAACCUGACAGUGAUCCGAGGAAACAACCUCUUCUUCAACUAUGCUCUUGUGAUUUAUGAGAUGCUGCAGCUGAAGGAGGUGGGUCUCCACAGUCUCAUGAAUAUCACUCGGGGCGCUGUGAGGAUCGAGAAGAAUCCAGAUCUGUGCUACCUGGCCACCCUGGACUGGUCCAAGAUCCUGGACUCGGUGGAGGACAACUUCAUUGUGGCCAAUAAGAACGAGAGAGAGUGUGGAGAUGUGUGUCCCGGCACAGCCCAAGGCCAGACCACCUGCCCACAGAACACCAUCAACGGACACUUCAGGGGACGGUGCUGGUCACAGAACCACUGCCAGAGAAUGUGCUUGGACAACUGUAAGCAUGGUGCGUGUAGCCUCCAGGGCCAGUGCUGUCAUGACCAGUGCCUGGGUGGCUGCUCUGAGUCAGGUAAUGCAAGUAGCUGUGUGGCCUGCAGGAACCUCCAGCAUGGGAAUUUGUGCGUGGAAAAGUGUCCUCCUGGAUACUAUGUCUUCAGGGGCUGGCGCUGCAUCAGCUUCUCCUUCUGCCAGGAGCUCCACAACCAGUGUAAACAAACUAAGAAGUUGAACCAGGAUCGGGAGUCGGGCUGUUAUGAAUAUGUCAUCCACAACGGAGCCUGUAUUCCAGAGUGUCCUUCUGGAUACACCACUGUCAACUCCACUGCGCUGACCUGCUCGCCGUGUGCAGGCCUGUGUCCCAAGCUGUGUGUGGGAAAUAAGACGAUCGACUCUGUAACUUCAGCCCAGGCAUUGAGAGGCUGCACUGUUCUCCACGGCAACAUGAUCAUCAAGAUUCGAGGAGGGACUAACAUUGCAGCUGAGUUGGAAGCUAGUUUGGGCCAGAUCGAGGAGAUCACAGGUUACCUGACUGUUCGCAGAGCCUACGCCCUGGUUUCCCUCUCCUUCCUCCGCAAACUACGCAUCAUUAGGGGGGAGCAUCUUGAGGGAGAUACCUUCGCCUUCUAUGCGCUGGACAACCAGAACCUACGCGAGCUAUGGGAUUGGUCCAAACACAACCUGACCAUCCAGCACGGUCGUAUGUUCUUCCACUACAACUCCAAACUUUGCAUGUCUGAAAUCAGAAAGAUGGAGGAGGUGACGGGAACCAAGGAGCGAAACCAAAAGAACGACAUCGCUGUACGAACCAACGGGGACCAAGCCUCCUGUGAGACCAAGCUGCUGAAAUUCACCAUGAUCAAGACCACGUCAAAUAUGAUCAUGUUGAAGUGGGAGCCCUUCUGGCCCUUAGACUUUAGAGACCUGCUGGGCUUUAUGGUUCUCUAUAAAGAGGCGCCAUAUAAGAAUGUGACUGAGUUUGAUGGACAGGACGCAUGUGGCUCUAACAGCUGGGCGAUUGCUGAUGUUGAUCCGCCACCCCGUUCUAAUGACAAUAAGAAGGUGGAGAAUCCGGGCCACCUGAUCCGACCAUUAAAGCCCUGGACUCAGUACGCCAUUAUGAUCAAAACUCAACUGUCUGCAUCUGAUGAGCACCAGGUUCACGGAGCCAAGAGUGAGAUCAUUUAUGUCCGCACCAAUGCCUCCAAGCCCUCUGUGCCUCUGGACCCCAUCUCCUCCUCCAACUCCUCCUCUCAGAUCAUCCUGAAGUGGAAGCCUCCCACCAGUCCCAAUGGCAACAUCACCCACUACCGGGUCGUCUGUCGUAAGCAGCCUGAGGACAGCGACCUCUACAAGUUCGACUACUGCCUACAAGGAAUGAAACUGCCAUCUCGUACCCCGACCCACCUGGAUAGCGAGGAUGAGCAAAAGUGGAACCACACAGAUGAGCCCACAUCAGGGGGCAGGUGCUGCGCCUGCCCCAAGACAGACCAUCAGCUAAAGAAGGAACAGGAGGAGAUAAUGUACCGCAAGACCUUUGAGAACUACCUCCACAAUGAAGUCUUCGAGAGCAGACCAUCUCGUCGGCGACGCUCAGUGGGAGUUGCCAACGCCACCCAGAUUUCUCUCACCACUGCCCCCAGUCUGCCAUUCGGUUCCACCACCGCUACCCCUGAAGACGAUGACGAGGAUGAAGAGGGAUCCAAGGUGGAGCUAAAGGUGUUCUCAAAGGAGUCAACGGUCAUCUCCAACCUGCAUCACUUUACCAGUUAUAAGAUAGAGAUCAUGGCCUGCAACCACCCGACGGACCUCAAACGCUGCAGCAUGGCUACUUAUGUCAGUGCUCGAACUAUGCCAGAGGAGAAAGCAGAUGACAUCCCAGGCCCUGUUACCCAUGAGAUAGUGACAGCCGAGCCUCCCUAUGUGUUGAUUAAAUGGAAUCCACCGCACUCCCCUAACGGCCUCAUCAUCCUGUAUGAGGUCUUCUACAGGAAGGUUGGAGACGCAGAGGUUCAUACAGCUUGCGUGUCACGGCCGGCCUACCUCAAGUUAGGUGGCACGAAGCUUUCACUUGUGCAACCUGGAAACUACAGUGUGAGGGUCCGCGCCACCUCCCUGGCAGGAAAUGGUUCCUUUACGGAAACCACUUACUUCUUCAUGCCCAACCCUGAUCCAAGUUUAAUUUGGAUUGUGAUUGGUCCAGUCAUCUGCUUCAUCCUGCUGCUCUUUGUGGGGUGCGCAGUCUUUGUGAUCCUUAAGAAGAGGCAAACAGAAGGCCCGACAGGACCUCUUAUCGCCUCCUCAAACCCUGAGUACCUCAGCGCCAACGAUGUCUAUGUUCCCGAUGAGUGGGAGGUGCCUCGCGAGAAGAUCACGGUCCUCAGAGAGCUGGGUCAGGGCUCCUUCGGGAUGGUGUACGAGGGAAUCGCCAAGGACAUCGUCAAAGGAGACCCUGAUACUCGCGUAGCUGUCAAGACGGUCAAUGAAUCUGCUAGUCUGCGCGAGAGGAUCGAGUUCCUCAACGAGGCCUCCGUCAUGAAGGCUUUCAGCUGUCACCAUGUGGUACGUCUGUUAGGUGUGGUGUCCAAAGGGCAGCCCACCCUGGUAGUGAUGGAGCUGAUGACCCACGGUGACCUAAAGAGCUACCUACGUAGUCUCAGGCCAGAUUCUGAGAACAACCCAUCAGGCCGGCCACCACCAACGCUGAAGGAGAUGAUCCAGAUGGCUGCAGAAAUUGCAGAUGGCAUGGCCUACCUCAACGCCAAGAAGUUUGUCCAUAGAGAUCUGGCAGCCAGGAACUGCAUGGUGGCAGAGGACUUCACCGUCAAGAUUGGAGACUUUGGUAUGACCCGAGACAUCUAUGAGACUGACUACUACCGUAAAGGAGGGAAGGGCCUGCUUCCUGUCAGGUGGAUGGCUCCAGAGUCUCUGAAGGACGGGGUCUUCACUGCCCACUCUGACUGCUGGUCAUUUGGUGUUGUGCUGUGGGAGAUCAGUACAUUAGCAGAGCAGCCUUACCAGGGUUUAUCCAACGAGCAGGUUCUAAAGUUUGUCAUGGAUGGAGGAUACCUGGACCGGCCAGACAACUGCCCCGAGAGGAUGCACAGCCUAAUGCAGAUGUGCUGGCAGUACAACCCCAAGAUGCGGCCGAUGUUCCACGAGAUCAUCGAGAUGCUGCGGGAGGACCUGCACCCGUCUUUCCAGGAGGUCUCAUUCUUCUACAGUGAGGAGAACAAAGUUCCCGAGACGGAGGAGUUUGACCUGGAUCUGGACAACAUGGAGAGCAUCCCUCUGGAUCCGUCUUCAUACUCCCAGAGAGAGGAGAGCUUAAGCAGGGACAGCGGGCCCUCGGUGGCCCUCAGGGGGAACUAUGAGGAGCAUCUCCCCUACACACACAUGAACGGUGGCAAGAAAAAUGGACGAAUCUUAUCGUUGCCCAGAUCCAGCCCUUCCUAACAUUUCCUGCUUCCUAAAAGAACUCAUUUUCUCCUUUCCCUUCCCAUCCUUCUCUCUUUUCCAGUCCAUUUUUUCUGUGUCCUUCAUGUUCCUCUCAUCAUUUUCUAAUGAUUUUCUUAUUCUUGGAGAAACCCUUCGAAAAAGAAAAAAAGAAAAAAGAAAAAAAAACCAACCCCACAGAUCUCAGGACUUUUUAUUUUCUUCCUCAUGGCUGCCCAACACAGGCAAGCAAGGGAUGCAAACAUGGUGUAACACUUUUUAAACUUCCUCCACAACACAUCAGACUUUAUAUUACCUAUCUAUUGUUUUUCACUAUUGCCAUGUUUCCAGGACUCCUUUAGGUGGAAACAGAGGGAAAAAAAACUGUGAACACAACAAACCUUAGACAACCAAGAAGGCUGCUUAUGCUCAACCUCCUUCCUCAACACUUGUCCCUCCUCUUCUCCCCUUUCCAUACUUCUGUGCUCUGUUUUUUGUUUUUAUUUUUCCAGCAAGUGAAAUCUUGUUACUCAGAUUGUGGCCUUUUUGUAUGUGGCCUAUAAACAAAGAAAAGUGUGUAUCAGCACUUAUACUAAUUUCUUUUUGAACAAUGACUUAAUCAGUUUGGAACGGUGGGAUGACUUGCAAAGACUUGAUCCUAGAACAAACAUCAAUUCCUAGAGGAAUGUUUUUGUUUUUUGUUUUUUUUUGUUUGUUUUUUGUUUUUUUGGUUCUGCAGAAUUCCAAACUACACACAGUUUCAUCAGGUUUUUGGUGAAUAAUUUAUUUGCUUUUAUUGUUAUUUUCUCUUCUCUUCUAGUCUUUCUAAGUUGUAUUUCUUUGUCCUUACUAUGUGGCUGAAGGAUAUUUAAACAGUUAAGAAUUGGACGAAAGAGUUCCUCAGACUGACCAAUAGCUGCUGAUUUGAUAUAUUUUAGUGGGUAUAGAAAUAUAUAAAUAUAUAUAAUAUAUAUAGUAUAUAUGGAGUAUUGGUAUUUAUGUACCAAUAUUUUAUAUAUAAUAUAUGACGUAUUGAUGUUUUUGUAAAUAUUUCAUAUUUGUAAUAUUUUUCAUCAGAAGCUUUGCUAGUAUUUUGUUUGCUAGGCUUUUUCUUUCUGGGAUUUUUGAUUUUCUUAUUUUUAUAGCCCCACAAAUCACACUAAUCUACCAUCAGCGCUCUCGGUGUCUUAGGCCUCCAGCCCCUUCUUUGAGUAGUCUUCUCCGUCUGGAUGGGAAAGGAGAAAGCUCCGAAAUAUUAUCAACUUUCUACAUCAUUUUUUAUGAACCCUGUUCCCACUGAGAGCUGUCGACAUUUGGAGGCAUCCUUACUACAACGCCAACCGGGAAAAAAAAAUGGAAAAAAAAAUGGACUAACCAAAAAAAGAAAAAAAAGCUUUAUAAAAGGGGAAUGAGGUCUUUCUAGAUGGAAGUACACUUGAUGAGUUGAUGUUCGUCUCCGUGUCCGCUUUCUCUCUCUCUCUCUCUCUCUCUCUGGUCAGGUCACAAUGGAGCUGAGGUCUUCAUGUGUUUAUUAUCACAGGUUUUUAUUUUUAUGUCUAUCACCUGAUUGGGCUGGUUGUCGUCAACUGGCAGUGAGGUUAGGGAGCGUCGAGAGCUUGUCCUAGCCCUGUGAUUGUACUUAACCGUAACAGUACUGGCUUUUGAGUUGUGUUUAAAAAAAACAAAAAAACAAGGUAAAGCCUAUAUAAUUUAAAUCUGUCUAAUUAUUAUCUUCCCCUCUGGCCUGAGAUCUGCCACAGCGCACAACCCUCAGUGUCUGGUGGAAGGUUUUAUUAAAAUCACACAUGAAGGUCCCCUCUCGUUGUGGGUUCGCUCUGCACCACAUGCACCCUUCUGCACGUUCCCCCCUCCUCAGUCUUCCUGAGGCUUCCCAUUGGCUGCUGAACUCACUGCUCAAAAUCAGGCUGUUGGAAAUUUCCACUUUUUGUGGUGGAGGGCUGGAGAGAAAUACGGAAAGUUCCAACUGUACGCAGAAUCCACAGCAGGUAGUGGCGAGAGGGGCCGUCUCUCUAUCUUUCAUUGUGUCUGAGAGAGAGAGGGGGGCAGUGUGUGAGUGAUAGUUAAUCCUAUUAUUCUCUCUGCUAUCACAUGCAGUUAGGUAGUCAGGACACAGUGUGCAGCAGCUAUUUCACUCAGGUCUGACAUUCCAGGAUUUAGUUGGAACUGCUCGUUCUCUCGCCUCCCCCCGCCGUUUUGCCUGCCUGCUGGCAGAGCUGAUACCAUCACCGCACCCCAUCAGAUUCUGAACACACGCACGAAAGACUUUGAUUUUCCUUUGUAAUAAUCAAAUAUCUGAAGAUUAUCCCUCCUGCCGUGAAUCGGAAACAUUCCUCUCAACUGUACCCUUCCACAAAGCUAAAGAAAAAGUGUUGACCCCUCGCUUAACAUAAUUAAUUCUCUAAGGCCAUCAGAGUUUUGCAGCAGAUCUUCCUUAUUCGCACAGCAGUUGAUUCACAGGAUUCGUGACAGUAAGCCGAGGAGUAUAUUUAUUUAUUUUAUUUUUUUUCCACCCGGACACGCCGACCAGUGUGGUUGCCAAUCUAGCCGAACAGCAUUCAGCACUUAUAGUAUAGCCAAAGUGUUGGCAGCUUUCUGUCAACGAUGAGAACCCACAGAAUCAGAGAGAAAGCAGAGACGCUGCCUCAAUGUUUUACCAGUGCCUUCUCAAACCCAGAGCCACGUCCAGGCUAGUUAUGUCGGCUAGUAACACACACUUAUAUACACACACAUACACACAGGCCUCUGUGCUCUCUCUGUAUUGUUUCUCAUGAGGCCGGCGAGGCGCAGAAAUCGAAGCUGCAUCUACAUUUGUGUUUCAAUGGUUGCAGCUUUGUUGUUGGCUGGAAGUGUAGAAGUCGCAGUCUUCGGGGCAGUUUGUUACUAGUUUUGUUUCUAAUCUUUCGUCUGAGCUUGUUGCCAGCGUUCAGGUUUGAACACUAAUGUUCACCUCGUGCUUUAGCGGUGACACUGUGGAUUGGCCAGAGUCUGUGCUGUUGGCGCUCAGAGGUGUUUGAGGUCAUGAUGUAGAUUUUAGCUAAUUUUUCUGAGGAGUUACAAUCUUGGGCUUUUGUACUUUGUAAAUAAUCUGUGACAUAGUUUGGAAAAUAAAAGCAGAAAAAAAAUGAUACGUAUUAAAAAAAUAAAUAAAUCUAAUGCCCGUCAGUUUUGCCUACAUGACAGAAAAAUGGUGGACCAUAGUUGUGUCACAGCUCCACACUACAUACUAAUACUAAAUUCUUACCUUACUAGUGUACUGUUUUGACAUUUUUCUACUUUCAGUGUAUUUAAUUUUCCAUUUUAAACACACUACAUACUCAAAACCCAAAUGGAAUUAGUGUGUAUUAUGGAAAUGGGACAUAGCUUUUAUCUCCACCUUGACCUAGGUUGCUUCUCUCGUGGUGGUGUUCACACGCAUAUGCAAUUUUUAAUUAAUAUGGUGCCCAUAUCUUUGAAAUACCAGAUAUUUAUUUUAUUAUGAUCAUUGUCAUUGUAUGAGAAAAACACAGUUGGCUUUUUAGUCAAGCAUUUCUAAGGUGUUUGAGAGUGGAGCGAUGUAAAAACCUAGUUUGGUAUCGUACAAGUGGAGUAGCUGGUGGUGAGCAGCAGGAGUGCUAGUUAGUUAGUGAGUAAGUAAGUAAGUAAUUGUUAUCGUCUUUGUGUUUGGCCAGAGUCUACCUCAGUGCAUAUGGAGGAAUCAGUCUAAAGAGCCUAAAUCAUCCCCGUCAGUCACCCAGUAUCCCAUCAUUUCAAAUAAUCAUACAUUACCAACACUGCUGAUGAAUUCCUUCCCCCUGUGGUGUGUUAAAUCCCUCUGCCUCGUUGUUUUCUCUGUUUUUUUUUCUCUUCUUCUUCUUCUUCUCCCAGGGGAAACCGUCAUCGACCGAUAUUGUUGCGAUUCUUGUAUUGUAGCCCUUUUCUGUUUUAAAUGUCUUCAUUUCCAGCCCUUGUUAUACAGUUUAGAAACAAGCUUUGAAUAUAUCCAAGUACUGUCCCUUUCUUUACACACACACACACACACACACACACCUAGCACUUAUAAAAUGUGGAAUAUCAGACAGUAAAUUGGCUUUUUUUAAAAAAAUUUUUUUUACAUUUUAUGAAAUUAUUCACGAGAGGCUCCCCCUGGGUGCUGAAAGUACCAACAUAGCUUUAUUGUGUGCAUUCCCCUUUUCCACACACACACACACAGACACACACACACACCACUCCUCUGGGCCGUAUGGAGUAGCGGCUCUGCUGGUUUCUGGGGAUGUGACAUUAGCAUGAGGGGGCAGAAGAAACUGUGUCUUGACUCUCAAUGCAUAUCUGUGAUCAUCUACAGCCAAGGCUGAUCAAGCUCAGCCCUGGACCCUCAUGCCUUUUUUUUGUUAAAAAUCACAUCUCAAACUAAAGCUGUUGUUUGGCAGAAAGCCCUACUCCUCUUCUUCAGUCUGUCUCUUUGUGGUCAAAACAGUUAGCUUUCACAUUGCACGUCUCCUCCAAUCGUCGUUGGUUUAUUUGUCUGUUUCUCUGUUCUGUUUUGUGUGUGUAUUUUUUUUUUCUACUGUGAAUAUCAUCGAGAUGACCUUUUGUUUUCCGGCAAUGCCAUAGAUUGGGUCUGUUUUAGCUGAUCAGGACACUGAUGUCUGGGCUGGUUAUAAAGUUUUAAAGAAGAGGACCCCCCCCCUCUGCAAAGGAGAAAAAAAGAAGCUGGACUGGGACAAUCCUGUGUGCCAUAGUAACUAUGAACAGACGUGAAAUUUAGAUUGUAACUUUUCGUCUCAGGGAGGCGGCCUGAUGCUUUGUGGCUGGAGGAUAAAGAGGAAGAGGAGGAAGAAGAGCUAUCUUACCUACCUUUUAUCUUCUCUGACUGAAGCGCAAGUUCUCAGCAUCCUUGCAAAAAGCAAAAAUGGAGAUUAUAAACCCAAGGACAAGUUUUCAACAACAAAAACCCAAACAUCCUUUUCAAAAAUAUGAAAUCUUUGUGGCCCUUUGAAGAUAAUCAGGAGCCUUCCUCUCUCUCUCUCUCUGGCGUGAUGUGGUCUGGACUGCCCUCUAGCAGUUGGAUGGGAGCAUUGCAGGUCAGGGGUGGCAAAGCAAACAGGGCCCCGACCCAUAGUGCCUUUGCUCAGACUAAUGGCCCUCCCACCCAGUCUACUGCCCUCACCCCCCUCAGAGCAGACCCGCCACUGACUGGCUUGUCCCCACCAAUCGCUAAAGAGGAUUUUCCACCUCCAAACAUGAAACGAAAACACAGGAAUUAUGUUUGUAUGCAUCCUUUAGUUGUAUCUGAAAAGGAAAAAGCAUUUGAACUGCUUGGUGGGAAAAUACUGUAAUUUGGAUUACAUGACAGAUACUUUUUACAAAAAAAAAAAACAAACAAAAUGUUGAACUCGUGUCUCUACUCUGCUAAGCUUUGGCUCGCUUUGUGCAUGGAAAAUGAAUUAUCUAUACCAGCAGAUAGCUUGAUAAUUUGAUGCUUACUGAUUUUGCUUCCCAUCCGUCUGUUUUUUCAGCGACGCCCCAAAGCACAUGCAAAAAAAAACAAAACAAAAAAAAAAAACCCAUGACUAGCAACAAGUGACUGCAUUACAAAUGGGGACUUCCAUUUGAAAUGCAUUCAGUUGUUCUGAAACUUUCAAAAAAAAAAUGAACCAAUUAAUAAGCUCUUAACUGUAAAUAGCAACCCCACCCCCACCCCCCUUGGCCCCUGAAAAAUGAAAGCACUUGACUUUAGGGAAGUUUAGGUUUGUUUUGUUGAACUCUGAUGACCUGAAUAGCGGUUGGACAGAGCAUGGUAGUAACACAGCGCAGGGUGAGAACAAAGCAUUGUAUGUAUUAUUGUUUUGUUGAAAAGAAAAAAGUAUUAAAUUUUAGAGAUGUUGAUUUCUAUUUUUUUUAGCCAAAGUAUGGAGGGCAAAUACAAUUACUUUUUCUGACUGUAAACUUUUACUACUCUUGUACAUUAUGAAUUUAACAUUGUUAUCAUUGUGUAUAUAACUUUUUUUUCUAAAUUUAAAGAGAUAGAUGUUUUUCUUUUUGUUCUUUUGUUGCUUUUCAUGUCACAACCCACUACAUGGGAGAAGCAUAGUCGAGUCCAUCAGUGUAUGUAACAGCACAACUCCAGUCUGAGGGCUUAACCCUGUGUAACGAGACACAGAAACAGUAUGUGGCCUGAAACGUUUGGCAGUGAGCCCGGCUCCUAUGCAUGUUAUGAAUGUUGGCCGACAAGACGUCAUGCAUUGCAACCACCCCCCACCCAGUCACAGCAGCGUGUCGGCCGUAAAGCCUUUGACGCGUCACAAAUACGUCACCCGUCACAGAUGUUGUUGUUGUUGUAUGAAAUCGUUUCUGACGAGAGACGUCUGUUCAGUUUGCAAAUGUGUUUUUUGUUUUGUUUUGUUUUUUUUUUAAUGUGAAAAACUGGAAAAGACCACUGCACAUCCUUUUUGAAGAAGAGGAAUCAGGAGUGACAAAAUCUUGAAUAAGCUAAAAAAAAAAAAAAAAAAAUACAAACAAAAAAAACUUAACUGAUGGUUUAACAACCAUACACCUUUAAGUUUAGACUGUAAAGCUGGAAGUGUCAGAAUUUUUCCUUUUCAGGAGGCGUAAAAGGUGAAACACCUUCAGCUAUAGAAGAAGUACUGUCUGUCAGUAGUGAAGAUGAUGAACUGUUCAUAUUUGUGUUAUUGACUGGGGAGAGAGACGCCGUUGUUGCCGGUGUGGUGACCCUGCGUGUUAGACGACAAAUCUGAGGAAAAGCAGCCUCUUCUUAACUUCUAAGCGUCAUCUGUCGGUCCAGUGGUCUGCUCCAGUUUACACACCAGUACCUUUAUAUUUAUCUCUGUCCUGUUCCCUGUGCUGUUCGUUGUUUAAGUCAGUGUGGAGUUGUGUCUGUGUCGUCCUCGGUUGAAGUCUUCACCACAGAUUUCUUUGUCUAUGCUCGCUGCUCCUCCUCCUCCUCUUCCUCUCUUUGUCCUUCAAGUCUCUUUCUCUCCUCAGUGCACAUAGGUGGUCCCCAGAAUGCUGUGUGUAGUCUUGCAGAAUACCUCUUUUAUUAAUGUCAUUUAUUGCCGAUGAAUAUGCUGAUGUAUUAUUUUUGGGACAUGUUGUGUAUACAUUAUGUUGAGACAUCGGUGUGUAUGCAGACAGCAGGUGUAUAUGUGUGUAUGUACAGUCCAAAAGCCCGCAACCCACAGAGAUCGCUUCAUCCCUCACACUGGAUCCAAAUGUGCCAUUAUCUUUAUGUAUCACGUAUAUCAACAUAUUGAAAGUGCACACACAAACACACACACACACACACACACACACACACAGAAAUACAUGCAUAUUGUACAGGAUCAAAAAUGUGCCAUGACUAAAUGAACGCUUGACAAUUUAUUUUUUCUAUGUUUUCAAAGGAGAGCCAAGUAGUGACAUGUACAGAAAAUGUUGCAAUGAUAUGAAAAUAAAAAUCUUGCUGUGUGUAAAUUAUUCAACAAUUAACUGUUUAUAUUAAAAUUCUGAAUAAAAUUAUUGGAGAAUA